UUCUGUGGACUUCCUUCAUCAGACUUAUUUCAAAGUUUAUCCGGAGAUAUGCCUAACUCCACUAUUCACCGAUAUUCGACCAUUUAUGACUCUCCAGAAGAUGUAGAUUUAUGGUCUGGUGGUGUAUCCGAAAAACCUUUACCCGGAAGUAUGGCAGGUCCAGUAUUCUCUUGUAUUUUAGCUACUCAAUUUAGUUAUGCAAGAAGAGGUGAUCGGUUUUGGUACGAACUGCCAAAUCAACCAUCUUCGUUUACUCCAGAUCAACUUCGUGAAAUCCGAAAAACUAGAUUAGCUCGAGUGUUAUGUGACAAUACCGAUUUGAUCGACACUAUUCAAUUGUGGCCAAUUGUUCUUCCAGAUCAUGAAAUAAACCCUCGAGUACCAUGCCGCAGUGGAAUUAUUCCAUCACUAAAUCUACACAAAUGGGCUGAUUUUCCGACGUCAUAAAACAUGAGUUCGUUCACUUCUGAUCAAAUUCUACCUAUUAUAUUAUAAACAGAAUGUUACUAAUGAUUGAUUUUUAAAAUUGUAUGUCAAAUUACACCGAUUACAGUGAUUCAUUUACUGUAUAAUAUAUUGGUAAUUUUAUAAACACACAAUCAAUCAUUUUUUUCUAUAAUAUUGUUGUUAUUUUUUACUACAUAAAUAAGUGUUAAAUCCGAAAGAAUUCAUUUUAACUAAACUUAAUUCGAGCGCUACAUUAUUUAAAAAGUACUUAACAAGUAUUUUAAUAAAUUUUUAACUGUCGA